AUGGAUAUGUAUACAAAUUCAUGUGGCCUUCAACAUAUUGUUGGUUAUGGCUCAAAUUCAGUUGUUAUCGCUCAUCAUAAUCAUAAUCAUCACAACGAUUAUAAUCAUUUUCAUUCACCACCUCCACGACCACCACCACCACCACGACCAAUACCAAAAGCAACAUCUUCUUAUCAAUUGGUACCUCUUGGAAUUGCAACACCUUUGAUUAUCAAUGUUCCAGUUCAACAACCAAGCAAACAACAACACCAAUCACAAGUAGCUAUUCGAGAUCCAUUUAUUCUCGAACAAAAUCGAACAAAUCGAGGAACAUCAGCAUAUAUUCCUAGAUAUAAUUCUCUUGACGAUCCACAUAUGCAAGACUAUUAUGCCAAAAAAUUCGGUCGACGAUCAAAAUCGUCAAAGAAACGUUUAACUCGUUCAGAUGCACUUUAUCGUAUAACAAUUAAAACAGCUAAUGUUAAAGAUGCCGGAACAAAUGCAAAAGUAUUUUUAAGCGUAUUUGGAAGUAAAGAUAAAAUUUGUCGAAAAUUAUUAACACGUGAAACAAUGUUACGUGGUCAAACUCAACUUUCAUUAUCAUUAAAUGGUCUUGAUAAAACUUAUGAUAAUGAUUUGUAUCAUAUUGAAUAUAAACGUGGAGCUACAGAUGUUGUUUAUAUUCGUUGUCGAGAUCUUGGUAUUAUUCAUUAUAUUAAUCUUGAACAUACGGGUCUUUUAUUUGAACAAAGUUGGUUAUGUGAAUUUGUUUUAAUAACAAAUGUUCGUACUGGUCGUUCAUGGUUUUUUCCAUGUAAUAAAUGGUUAUCAUUAUUUCCACCUGGUGAUGGUUCUCUUUCGAUAGAACUUUUUCCUAAUGAUCGUGCCUUUGACAAUAAUCUUAGAAGUAAAAUUAUACCAGCAGUGACCGAAUAUCAAAUUACUGUUAUUACAGGAGAUAAAAGAAGUGCUGGUACAGAUAGUCAAGUUUAUAUAACAUUAUUUGGAGAUAAUGGAAAACGAACAGAAAAACUUCAUUUAAAAAAAUCAGCUACUAAUAAAAAUCCAUUUGAACGUAAUCAAACAGAUGAAUUUCGUGUUAAAGGUGAUUAUGUUGGAGAAUUAGUUAAACUUCGUGUUGAACAUGAUAAUACAGGUCGACUCGCUGGUUGGUUUCUUGAUCGAAUUGUUAUAACAGAUAUGUUCGAUCCAACAACAAAAUAUUUUGCAAAUUGUAAUAAAUGGUUAAGUAAAGAUGAAGGCGAUGGACAAAUAUCCCGAGAUCUUAUGUUAUAUAAAGAUAUAAAUAAAGGAGGACGAAGUAAUAAAUAUAGGAUAACAGUUUAUACAGGAAAAAAACUGGGUGCUGGAACCGAUGCUGAUGUAUUUAUUACUCUUUAUGGUGAUUUAGGUGAAUCAGGUGCCAUUGUACUUGAUGAUAAAAAAAAUAAUUUUGAAUCUGGACAAAAAGAUGAAUUUACAAUUGAAUGUUCAAGUGUUGGCGAAAUAAAUAAAAUUUUAAUUGCACAUAAUAAUAAAGGCUCAGGACCUGGUUGGUUUUUAGAUCGUAUAAUAAUUGUAGACCUUGCUGAAAAUCGUACAUAUGAAUUUCCAUGUUAUAAAUGGUUAGCAACAGAUGAAGAUGACGGACAAAUCUCCCGUUUUCUUUUUCCCAAAAAAGGAGGUGCUGAUGAUAAACAUCCAACAGCAGGUAUUCCUUAUAAUGUAACAAUUUAUACGGGUGACAAACUAAAUGCUGGUACUGAUGCACGAGUUUAUAUUAUUAUGUAUAAUAAUGAAUCAACAUCAAGUCAAAUAUUCUUAAGUGAUGGAAAAUUUGAAAGAAAAUCUAUUGAUUUAUUUAAAAUUGAUGCUCCAGAUAAUCUUAGUCCAUUAACUGCAUUGGAUAUUGGACAUGAUGAUAGUGGCAUGGGACCUGGAUGGUAUCUUGAUAAGGUUGUUGUUGAUUGUCCAAGUACAGGUAUAGAGCAAACAUUUCCUUGCAAUAAUUGGCUAGCUAGUGACACUGGUGAUAAAUGUAUUGAACGUCGAUUAAAAGAAGAUCAAUCAUUACGUAAAACUCGUGCACCAACUGUUCCAUGGUACAUAUGGAUAUAUACAAGUGAUAUUAGAGGAGCAGGUACAGAUGCUGAAGUAAUUCUUGUUCUCUAUGGUCAUAAUGGAAAGUCUCAUAAUAUUAAAUUACGAAGUAAAUCUGAUGUAUUUGAAGCUGGUCAGUGUGAUGAAUUUAAAGUUGAUAUAACUGAUGUUGGUACACCAUUUAAAUUACGUGUCAGUCAUGAUAAUAAAAAAUUAUUUGCACCGUGGCAUCUUGAGCGAAUUGAAAUGCAAAAUCUUGUUACAAAUAAACGAUAUAAAUUUCAUUGUGGAAGAUGGUUAUCGAAAUCAGAUGAUGAUAAACAAAUUAUAAGAGAAUUACCUGCUGAAGGUCCAGGAAUAUCAAAGCCUUUACCGAUUGUUAAAUAUACGGUUGAUGUAUAUACGGGAAAUAAAUCUAGUGCUGGAACAGAUGCAAAUGUUUUUAUUAAUAUUUUUGGCGAAUGUGGUGAUACGGGAGAACGUCCAUUAGAAUAUUCAGUAAAAGGUGGAAAUAAAUUUGAAAAAAAUAAAGUUGAUAGUUUUAUUAUCGAAGCUGUUUCAUUAAAACAUAUACGAAAAAUUCGAAUUGGUCAUGAUGGAUCUGGGCCGGGUGCUGGAUGGUUCUUAGAUAAAGUUGUCGUUCGUCCAGAAGAUCAACGUUAUGAACCAGCAACAUUUGAAUGCAAUAGAUGGCUUGCUACUGAUGAAGAUGAUGGACAACUCGUUCGAGAAUUAACUCUUAAAACAGCAGCACAACAUUUAGAUAAAACAACAUAUAAUGUUAGAAUAAAAACGGGAGACAUUUUUCAGGGUGGAACUGAUGCUGAUGUAUAUUUGAAAAUUUUUGGUGAAAAUGGCGAUACAGAUAUAAUUCAACUUAGAACAGCUAAUAAUACAUCAAAUAAAUUUGAAAAAGGACGUACUGAUCAUUUCACACUUGAAUUUGAUGAACUUGGCAAAAUUCAACACAUAAUUAUUGGACAUAAUGGAAAAAACUUAGGAGCAGGAUGGUUUCUUGACUGGAUAGAAAUCGAUAUACCAAUGCGCGGAGAACUUUAUAGAUUUGUAUGUAAUCGUUGGUUAGAUAAAAGCGAAGGCGAUGGUAAAAUUGAACUUGAUUUAACACCAUCUGAUGUAAUCAAGAAAAGUCGUGUUAUUCCAUAUGAAGUAACAGUUUUUACUGGUGACAAAAGUGGUGCUGGUACAGAUGCGAAAGUAUUUAUUCAAAUUUAUGGUUUAAAUGGUAAAACAGAAGAAAUUAUUUUGAAAAAUAAAUCGGAUUCAUUCGAACAAAAAGCGGUAGAUAAAUUUAAAUUAGAAGCUCCUGAUAUAGGACAAAUACAAAAAAUUCGUAUUGGUCAUAAUUCAGAAAAAUUCGGUUCAGCAUGGUAUCUAGAAAAAGUACUUAUUCAACGACAUUUAAGUGAAGAACCUGAUAAACGAAAACGAGGUUUUAAAUCUGGUCGAUCACAACGUCUUAGUCAAAUAAGUGCAACUGAUCCAAAUGUUGAAGAAUAUUGGUUUGUUUGUCGACAAUGGUUUGAUAAAAGUUCAGGUGAUAAAGCAACUGUUCGAGAAUUAUUACCAACUGAUGAACAGGGAAAUCCAUUAGCCAAUCGAAAUGAGAUAACAUAUAUGGCACAUGUCUUUACUGGUAACAAGUCUGGUGCUGGUACAGAUGCAAACGUUUUUCUAACAAUCUAUGGUGAAUUUGAAGAUACAGGUGAACGUGAGUUACGACAAUCAAAAACAAACAGAAAUAAAUUUGAACAAAAUCAUUUUGGUUCUGCAUGGUAUCUGGAUCGAGUGGAAAUUGUUGAUCCAGAAACAGAUCAAACGUAUCAUUUUAUAUGUCAAAAAUGGUUGGCUACUGAUAAAGAGGAUGGAUUGAUAUGUCGUGAAAUUCCUGCACUUGAAAAUAAAGCACUACGUUUAGCAGCUGCACGUGAAAGUUCAGCUGGAUCAUCAGUUGAUUAUGGUUUAGAAAUGAAAACCAUAGCGACUACUUAUAAAAUUAGUGUUAUUACGUCGAAUGAAUUUGGUUCUGGUACAAAUGCUAAAGUUUAUAUUAUCAUAUUUGGAGAGAAGAAUGAUACAGGCAAAGUCCCAUUGGUAACAUCAAAAACACAUAGUGACCCAUUCGAACGAGAUCACACUGAUGAAUUCGAAAUUGAAGCUAUGGAUAUUGGUGAACCAACAAAGAUUAAAAUUGGUCAUGAUGAUUCAGGUUUUCGACCAGAUUGGUUAUUAGAACGAGUUCAAAUCGAUGUACCAAAAUUGGGUCGUACAUGGAUAUUUCCAUGUGGAAAAUGGUUAAGUACAUCAAAAGGUGAUUGUCAAUUAGAAGCUGAACUUUAUCCACAAACUAUGGCAACUGAAGUUUAUACACCACAUGUUCCAUAUGAAAUAAAAGUUUUUACAUCAAAAGUUUCUGGUGCUGGUACCGAUGCUAAUAUUCAUAUUGAAAUAUAUGGUGUUGAAAAAACAACUGGUCAAGUUGUGUUAUGUAGUAAAACAGAUCGGAAAGGCAGAUUUCAAACAGGUUCAGUAGAUACAUUUGUUCUUGAACUUGAAGAUGUUGGCAAAGAUAUUGAAAAAAUUCGUAUUGGACAUGAUAAUCGUGGUUUGGGUGCUGCAUGGCAUUUAGAUCAUGUUGAAAUUCGUCGAUUAGACAAAAAUCAAAAAACUAAAACAUUUAUAUUUCCAUGUCGUCGUUGGUUUGCUAAAGAUGAAGAUGAUAGAAGUAUUGUACGUGAUCUUCUUCCAGAAAAAGUUAUUGAAGAAAAACUUGAUAAAAGUGGACAAUUACAAGUUCGAGAAAGAGAAAUUCAAGAUCAACUUGAAAUGAAACAAUAUAUAGUUGAUGUUUAUACAGGAGAUAAAUUUGGUUGUGGUACAAAUGCAAAUGUUUUUUGUACAAUUUAUGGUGAUAAAGGUGAUACAGGCGAGCGUGAAUUAGCACAUUCUGAAACUCAUACAGAUAAAUUUGAAAGAAAACAUAUGGAUAGAUUUAAAAUUGAAUGUGCAGAUUUAGGAAAUAUUUAUAAAUUUAAGAUACGACAUGAUAAUGCUGGAAUAUCACCUGAUUGGCUUCUAUCUAAAGUUGAGGUCAAAGAUGAUAUAAGAACAUAUGUAUUUUAUUGUGAACAAUGGCUAACUAAAGGAAAAGAUUCGAAACUAGAACGAACACUUUAUGAAAAAGUAAAGACGAAAAGUUUAUCUUUUAGUUUGUUUGCUCUUACUAUAGUUAUUCUUUUUUGUUCUGUUAAGGAUUAUCAAGGUUCAAUGAGUAGUUUAGGAUCGAUUCCUCGUUCUGUAACUGGUUCCAAAGCAAGUUUAGCAUCAAAUGAUAGCGAUUUUAAAAAUGAACCAUUUCGACGUGCUCAACGUAAGAAUAUCAUGUCAAGUAUAGCCGAAGAAACUCGAAGUACAACUGAAGAAGGUAUUCCUUACACUGUUAAAGUUAAAACUGGCGAAAAAUCAGAUGCUGGUACAACAGCUAAUGUAUUUAUGCGUUUAAUUGGUCGUAAAGGUCGACAAACACGUUUAAUACCAUUAGAAUUGAUGCAAAGACAACAUUUUGAACGUGGAAAAGUUGAAACAUUUUCUUUACAGGAACCUGAUAUUGGUGAUUUAGAAAUUGUUGAAAUAGAACAUGAUGGUGAGACACUAGCUGAUAGUUGGUUUCUAGAUGAUAUUACUAUUGAAAUGCCAACAAAAGGACGAGCAUUUUAUUUUACAUGUAAUGAAUGGUUAUCAAAACAUAAAGGUGAUGGACGAACAAAACGUACACUUAAAGUACAAGAUUCUAAUCAAUCAUCAUUUCGUCCUUUAAUUCCAUAUGAAAUAACUAUUUAUACAGGAGAUAUUGAACAUGCUGGUUGUGAUUGUGAUGUUAGUUUGAAAUUAUUUAGUACAACAGGUUCAUCAUCUGAACAUGUUAUUAAAAAAAAUGAAGGAGAUUUUGAACGAGGAUCUAUUAAUCCAUUUAGAUUCGAAUUAGAUGAUGUUGGUAAACUAAUUAAAUUACGUAUAACAAUAAUACCAAAGAGUAAAAAAGAUCGAAAUCGAUGGUAUUUAGAAAAAGUUGAACUUGCUAAACUUACAAAACAAAAUGAACGACAACAAACAUAUUUUUUUGGUCUAAAUGAUUGGAUAUCACGUGAAACAGAAUAUUAUCGUGAUAUACCAUUAACUAAAGGUGGAAAAGCUUUAUUAAAUAAUACAACUUAUCGUGUAACAACUAAAACUAGUAGUGUCGAUGGCGCAGGUUCUGAUUCAAAUAUAUCUAUUGUUAUUUCCGGUCAAAAUGGUGAUAGUGGAGAAUUAAAAUUAGAAAAUUCUUCAACACAUAUGAAUAAAUUUGAACGUGAUAAUGAAGAUAUAUUUACAUUUGAAAAUAUUUUAAGUUUGGGUGAAUUAACAAAAUUACGUGUAUCAAAUGAUGAAUCAGCAUUUUUCAAAAAAUCUUGGCAUUUAGAAUAUGUUAAAGUUGAUGAUAUACAAACUGGACAAUCAUAUAUGUUUCCAUGCAAUAAAUGGUUAUCAUCAAAAGAAGAUGAUCGACAAACUAUACGUGACCUUGUAUGUAGUAAUGAUUCACCGAAUUCAAGUCGACGAGGAUCAUUAACACCAGGUGGAAAAGUUCCAUAUGAAAUUGAAGUUGUUACUUCAGAUAAACAAAAUGCUGGAACAACACAACAUGGAUGGAUUGUUAUUGAAGGAAAUAAAAAGAGAUCAGAAAAAUUUUAUAUGAAAAAUACUCCACGCAGAAAAAUUUUACGAGGUGGGCAAACGGAUACAUUUACAUUUGAAUGUCGACCACUUGGUGAAAUACGUCGUAUUAUUUUGGGACAUGAGGAACGACCUGAAUAUCCACUGAAAACAUAUGAAGGUCGUGAAGCUAAAUGGCAUGUUGCACAUAUUACCAUUACUGAUCCUUCAACAAACACUAAAUAUGAAUUUCCUGUAAAACAAUGGAUUGAUAUUAACAAUCGUGGUGAUGUAUUUGAUUGUGCUGAUAAACAAGAAGAUGCUAUAGCACAACAACGUCAUCGUCAACUAAUUAACUAUAAAAUUAUUGUUCAUACAGGUACUCUAACUGGUGCUGGUACAGAUGCUAAUGUAUCAAUUAUUCUUUAUGGUACCCUUGGUGAUACGGGUACUCGACCAUUAAAACAGAAAGGUCGAAAUUUAUUUGAACGUGAUCAAGUUGAUGAAUUUAUUAUUGAAUGUUUAGAUUUAGGUAAGAUAAAUCUUAUUCAUUUAUCUCAAAUAAAAUUUUCAUUAAAAAUAGGUAAACUAAAUAAAUUACACAUUGAACAUGAUAAUUCCUUAAUGGCACCUGAUUGGUUUCUUGAUAAAGUUGAAGUUAUAAAUAUGGAUACAGAUGAAAAAGUUACGUUUCCAUGUAAUCGAUGGCUUGGUAAAAAACAUGAUGACCAUGAAAUUCAACGAGAUUUAUUACCUAUGAAUAAUUCAUAA